ACACCGAGAAACGAGGACAGUCCUAUAGAAGAGGCUCUGCUAGCUGAAGAGAUAUCUUCAUAUUCAAGUUUUACAUAGCAGCAGCAGCAGCCGUUAUUGACAAUGAACGGACAGUUGAAUGGUUUUCAUAACGCCCUCAUUGAUGAGGAUUGUUUCUUGUUCACCUCAGAGUCUGUCGGGGAAGGACAUCCCGACAAGAUCUGUGAUCAGGACCCUGAUGCCAAAGUUGCAUGUGAGACUGUUGCCAAAACUGGGAUGAUCCUAUUGGCCGGUGAGGUGACAUCACGUGCCAACGUGGACUACCAGAAAGUUGUUCGUGACACAAUCCGCCAAAUUAGAUAUGACGACUCCUCUAAAGGUUUUGACUACAAGACCUGCAAUGUUCUUGUGGCCUUGGAGCAGCAGUCUCCUGACAUCGCUCAGGGUGUUCACAUUGACCGCAAUGAGGAGGACAUAGGGGCAGGGGACCAGGGCUUGAUGUUUGGAUAUGCCACGGAUGAGACUGAGGAGUGUAUGCCUCUCACAAUUGUCCUUGCCCACAAACUGAAUAGUAAGAUGGCCGAGCUGCAUCGCAAUGGCACCCUUCCAUGGCUCCCGCUAGACUCAAAGACACAGGUUACCGUCCAGUACCGCCAAGACCAUGGCGCCAUGCUUCCAAUGCGUGUGCACACCGUUGUGGUCUCUGUUCAGCAUGAUGAAGAUAUUUGCCUAGAGGAGAUGAGAGACACCCUGAAGGAAAAUGUGGUCAAAGCUGUGGUUCCAUGCAGCUAUUUGGAUGAUGACACAAUCUACCAUCUGCAGCCCAGCGGACAAUUUGUUAUUGGAGGCCCGCAGGGGGAUGCCGGCCUGACGGGGCGUAAAAUCAUUGUUGACACUUAUGGAGGCUGGGGAACCCAUGGCGGUGGGGCCUUCUCUGGGAAGGAUUACACCAAGGUGGACCGCUCGGCUGCUUAUGCCGCAUGCUGGGUGGCCAAGUCUCUGGUGAAGGCUGAGCUCUGCAGGAGAGUGUGUGAGGCCCAGGCAUUGGCCUACCAGUUAACAACUCAUGGGGUGAAAGAUGUGUUUUAG